AUGGCCGGCGGAAAGGGAAAGUCCUCAGGUGGGAAGAGUUCUGGCGGCAAGACGUCCGGAGUCGACAACGCCAAAAAGCAGCAAAGCCACUCGGCGCGCGCUGGUUUACAGUUCCCCUGCGGCCGUGUCAAGCGUUUCCUCAAGCAGAAUACGCAGAACAAGAUGCGCGUUGGCGCCAAGGCGGCGGUCUAUGUCACCGCCGUCCUAGAGUAUCUCACCGCUGAGGUGCUCGAAUUGGCUGGUAACGCUGCGAAAGAUCUCAAGGUCAAACGUAUCACCCCUCGUCAUCUCCAACUUGCCAUCCGCGGUGACGAGGAGCUGGACACCCUGAUCCGUGCCACCAUUGCUUUCGGUGGUGUCCUUCCCCACAUCAACCGCGCUCUGCUGCUCAAGGUGGAACAAAAGAAGAAAGCCAAGGUUAUCGAGGCAUAA